AUGGAUUCCUCAACAGUGUCUAAUACUGAUGAUAUAGAAUUCCUAUGUAGUGAUGUAGGGGACGCAGUUUUAUUCUCCGGUAUGCAAGUGUCUUACAUCCAGGGAGCUCACGACGCAUGGUCGGGAUGGGUGUGCGUUCUCCUCGUUGGUGUCUGUACUGGCGUUGUGGCGGGUGUGAUAGACAUAGGCGCGUCUUGGAUGACUGAUCUGAAGUUCGGCAUAUGUCCGCAGGCGUUCUGGUUCAAUAGGGAACAGUGCUGCUGGUCGAACGAUGAAAUUACCUUCGAUCACGGGAAUUGCUCUGAGUGGAUGACCUGGCCCCAACUGUUCGGUGAAUCUCGCGAUGGACCCGGAGCCUAUAUCAUCAGUUACUUAUUCUACAUAAUAUGGGCCUUGCUCUUUGCCGCUCUAUCUGCAUCCCUUGUGCGAAUGUUCGCUCCAUACGCCUGUGGAUCAGGUAUCCCUGAGAUAAAGACCAUUCUGAGUGGUUUCAUCAUCAGAGGCUAUCUCGGCAAAUGGACACUCAUCAUUAAAGUUGUGGGUUUGAUUCUGUCCGUAUCAUCAGGACUGUCACUGGGGAAGGAAGGUCCUAUGGUCCACAUAGCAAGUUGCUUAGGUAAUAUUCUGUCGUACUUGUUUCCAAAGUAUGGUCGCAACGAAGCUAAAAAGCGUGAGAUAUUGUCUGCUGCUGCCGCUGCAGGAGUUUCAGUGGCCUUCGGAGCACCUAUCGGAGGAGUUCUUUUUAGUCUUGAAGAGGUAUCAUAUUAUUUCCCAUUGAAAACUCUAUGGCGGUCGUUCUUUUGCGCCCUGAUAGCUGCUUUCAUACUACGUUCAAUCAAUCCGUUUGGUAACGAACAUUCGGUGCUUUUCUUUGUGGAGUACAACAAGCCUUGGAUAUUCUUUGAGCUGAUACCAUUCGUGGGACUCGGAAUUAUAGGCGGUUGCAUUGCAACGAUAUUUAUAAAGGCGAAUAUCUACUGGUGCCGAUACCGCAAGUAUUCAAAACUGGGUCAGUACCCCGUCACCGAAGUGUUAGUAGUUACGUUGGUCACUGCUAUCAUCGCUUAUCCCAACCCUUACACAAGGAUGAACACCAGUCAGCUGAUUUAUCUGCUAUUCAACCAGUGUGGUAUUUCUAACUCGGAUCCACUGUGUGAUUAUAACCGCAACUUCACGGAUGUAAACUCUGCGAUAGAGAAAGCUGCGGCUGGACCGGGUGUCUACCAAGCGAUAUGGCUGCUACUACUCGCUUUGAUCUUGAAACUAGUCAUGACUAUAUUUACAUUCGGUAUUAAAGUACCGUGUGGAUUGUUUAUACCGAGUCUCGCGUUGGGUGCCAUCGCUGGCAGGAUUGUUGGCAUUGGUGUGGAACAACUGGCUUACAAUUACCCAAAGAUCUGGCUGUUCUCCGGGGAGUGCUCGACGGGUGACGACUGUAUAACACCAGGUUUAUACGCUAUGGUGGGAGCGGCGGCUGUACUGGGGGGAGUAACUAGAAUGACUGUAUCCCUAGUGGUGAUAAUGUUCGAGUUAACCGGUGGUGUGCGGUACAUUGUACCACUGAUGGCAGCGGCUAUGGCCUCCAAGUGGGUGGGCGAUGCUUUGGGAAGGCAGGGGAUAUACGAUGCUCACAUAGCUUUGAAUGGAUAUCCGUUCUUGGACAGUAAAGAUGAGUUCCAACAUACAUCUUUAGCAGCGGACGUCAUGCAACCUAAACGCAAUGAAACCCUGGCGGUCAUCACUCAAGACUCCAUGACAGUGGAUGAUGUUGAAACUCUAUUGAAGGAAACAGAGCACAAUGGCUACCCAGUUGUGGUAUCCAAGGAGUCACAGUAUUUGGUCGGAUUUGUUCUGCGCAGGGAUCUUAAUCUCGCUAUCGCAAAUGCACGUCGAACGAUGGAAGGCAUCACCGGUCAGUCAGUGGUUAUAUUCGCUGGUCCAGUCCAGCCUCAGCCCGGUGGACCGCCCAGUCUACCGCUAAACCGUAUACUGGAUAUGGCCCCAAUUACAGUAACGGAUCAGACUCCCAUGGAAACAGUAGUGGAUAUGUUCAGGAAGCUUGGCUUGAGGCAGACCUUGGUUACUCAUAAUGGUCGUCUCUUGGGUGUUAUCACAAAGAAGGAUGUUCUGAGGCACGUGAAACAGAUGGACAACGAGGACCCCAACUCCGUCUUGUUUAAUUAAAACGGUAACCAAGUAUACAAAAACAUAAAUAAUUUAAUCAGUAUAUUAAAUCUUACUUUAUCUAAAUAUAUAUUUAAUGGUGAUUGAUAAAGACUAGGCAUCAUACACUGAAAAGAUUUUAUAAAGUGUUUUAAACAUAUUUUACACGAUCAAUAUAGACUUAUAGAAAUAAAUGCUAUUAAUGUUGCUUGAAGUAAUCUAUCAUCUUAUCAUCAGAGUAGCAAUAUUGUAUAUUGAGAAAAUAUUUAGGAAUAGAUCACUUAAAUUAUAUGUAUAUAUGCAAAAAGUAGUGAAAAUAGUAAUUUUACAAUUGGUGUGUUAGUCUUCUAAUUCGCUUAACAUUUUUCAAAGUAUUUUAUUUAAAAAUUAAUAUUUUCUAAAUUAAUUUAUAUUGCUUUUUUUACAUUGUAUCAUGUUUAAUCAAAUUUAAGGAUGUAUGAAAUUAUUCUUUACAUAUUUGUAAGUAGAAGCGUUUUUAUACUGGAAUGAUUAGUGUAAUAAAUCAUACAAACAAUAUUCCCAAUCAAAUAUUAACGAGAGGCGAUUUAAAUAAAAUUGUUAAUAAAUAAAUAAAAUCAAUAUAAGAAAGGUAGAUUAAUUGACAUGAAAUGUGUCUUCGAAAAUAGAAUAUCUGAACGAACACAAGUCAAUUACAAAUAAAUUAUCGAGAUAAACGAAUGUAACAUUUCGAAGAAUUUUACUACUUAGAUGUUCAUAAAUCAUUUUAAAAUUGCAUUAAUCUGGGCAAAAUAUUUUAAAAGAAAAUUGCUUAUAUCGUUCUCAGUUUUUCUAAGUACCUCAAUAGAGUGCAAUUUCGUAUUAAUUUAACCUGUAGCUUAAAUUAUUUUAUAUAUCUAAGUUUAAAUAAAAAGAUUCAACAUAUUA